AUGCCGCAGAAAGACGCUUUCCUUGUUGCUUAUUACGAUGAAAGCGCCGUUUGGCCGUCGCUUUCCCCUUCCAUCGAGUCACGACUGCCCCUAGAUGUGUUGCCACUUCGUGGAGUGGGGGCCCCCAGCCAGGGGCCCCCGGGGGGCGGGGGGCCCUCGUACCCUUCCUCCCCUGGCACUCCUGUGAUGGUUUCCUUCGUGUCGCAUUCUUUGGAUCCUUCGCCCCCAGCAAAUGCGUCUGUUCCAGGCCCCCCCGCUGCGUUUACUGCUGCGCAGAAGGCUGCAGCUGGCGCUCUGGCAUCCUUAGGAGUCAGCGUUGCUGCUGCUUCACUGACUGCUGGGGGUACAGCGAUUCCCGCAGCUUCGACUACUGCCGCCGCUUUGUCCUCCCUCUCUCCUCGGCUUGUGUGGACGGUAACUGAGCGGCCGUUCGCGCAUCUGCUGCUGCUGCAGUACGAAAGCAUUGAGGUGUAUCGACAGCAGCAGCGACGCGUGCUGCGCGCCUGGGUAGAGAGACAGCUCGAGCAGCAUGACGAGUGGCUUGUGCUCGUGGCUGCCCCGUGUAGCAGCCAGGAGACGGCGGUCAAACAGCUUAAGAAGUAUCUCGAAAAAAUGAGAACCGAUCUGAAUACGAAGGACAGGAUUCUCCGCGUACCUUGCGAGCCGGUAGAUCCUUCCCAGGCUCCAGUUGCAGAGCAACUCUGGACGCUCUUCCUGCAGCGGCUGAAGGACGCACUUGCGAGCGCUGUGGAGUAUCGCAUGAUGCUCGCAGAGGACUUCGUGCAGCGCAUGCAGCAGCAGCAGCAAGAUGCCUCCAGUAUUUUGGCAGCAAGGGAAACCCUCGCAGCGCUGUACGCGAAGUGUGGACGCUACGCGGAGGCGCUGAGAGUGUUGGACGCUUGGGAGGUCUCAUCGCUUCCUGCAUUGACACGUUCUCCAGCAGCAGAGCAGCAGACGGGGGAUUUUCUCGCAGUUGGUGGCUCUGAUGGGUUGCCUUUGCUGGCGUGUGAAUCUCGCGCUGCUGAGCUGUUUCCAAAACUGCGGAGCGGUAGUCUGGGUCCCCUGCAUUGUUGGGAGCUACUUUUCUGCAAGCAGGCGGUCUAUUUGAUUCAGCUGAAUAAACUGGAGGAGCUUGGAAGUCGGGGGCUUUCCCUCUUCUCGGGAAUCCUCAAAGUGGCUGCCUCAGUGGCAUGCAGCAGCGAUACGAAGAUUCAUUUGAUGUGCUGGGCAGUGCUUGGGGCUUUAAACCUUGCCAAUUUUCUGACGGCCAAGCUGGGAACGGGGGCGUCUUCAGCUGUUGUGAUGGCGACUGCGGCAGGUGUAUCGGCGGAGUCAGGAGAGAGUGAAUCUCGUGGAUCAGGUGUUUCUCAAGUCUUUGCGUCUUCUUUGCCCUUGCUGCGUAGACCAACUUCUGCUGUGGCGCGCACACUGACACGCCUUGCCCCCAGUCACUUGACGUUUCUUCCUUCCAGACGGCAGCACGGGGAUGCGCGCAGCAGCAGCAGCAAACCUAAAAAGUUGCAGCAUGCAGACACGGCUUCCCUUCCUCAGCAGCAGGUGCAGCAGCAGCAGCAGCAGCAGGUGCAUCGCGCACAUUUCAGAGGUGGGGGAGAAGGGCAGGAGCGACUGGAAGGUGACGUUCACGGUUUUGCAAGUCGGAGGAGCUACAGCCAAGGAGCAGACAAGAGGGUGGACAGCAGCACCGGCGGGGGGGGUGUCGUCUUUGAUUCUUUUGCGAGCGACACGGCAUCUGGUCAGGCGAAGAGCGCUGCUUCCCUCUACGCUUUUGUUGCCCAGCAGUUGUUGCGUCUCGCUGCUCUGAAAAAGAAACCUGCCGAGUGGCAAGACGUGUUUGCGCUGCUGCCCGUAUCCGCCUCAAGACAGCCAGGCCCUUUCUCCUCUUGUGACUCGUUGGACAUGAAUGAGGAAACUUCCAACCCGGAGGCGCAGCAGCAGCUCCAGUCUCGCUGCAGCAGCUUCUCCGCAUCUGCAGCAGCAUCACACGCGGAAACAGCCACGCUUUUCUUCCCUCCAGACGCAGUAGAGGAGCUGAAGGAAGCUCUGGAAAUCUGCUCAGCCGCAGACUUGCGUCGGGCUUUAAGUGCGCCUGACAAACUCCAAGUGUUGUAUCUUCGCGUGCUGCUGCUCGGAGGGCAACACUACGUAAAUUGCGGAUUCUUUCGCCAUGCAGCGCUGCUGCAACACAGGAUUGCUGCAAUGCACUUGCAAGCAGGUGACUUUAGGGAGUGUCAACUGGCCAUUCAAAGAAUGAUGCCGCUCUUCCUUAAAGAACCUUGGACAGACAAGCUCCUGGCAAGGGCGGAGGCUCUGCAAGGAGAUCGCGCUGGACAGUUGGCCUCCCUCUAUGUGCUGAGCAACGCUGCGACGGAGUCUAAGGGGCAGCAUCAACUGCAACAGCACCCUGCAGCAUGCCAGCAAGAAGGAGGACAGUCGACUCUCGCUCAUGAUCAAGCCGAACGUGAGAGCGUUCCUUGGAGUGGCUUGCUGCAGGAAGACAUGGGAUUUCCUUCGGCCUUUCUUCUGAAUAGCGUUUCCGUGCAUCUGAAGGCGGCUCCUAAUCUCUUCGCCUGGGUAGCCGCCGUUCCCCACGUUCGUGACGCCUGCGAUUCUUCUCCGCUAGGACGCGGAGCUUCUUCACGGCUUCAUUUGGGAGUCUCCCCCAGAGAGACAACGGCCCCUGGCAGCCGACAAUUCUACAGAGCGGGUAGCAGCCUUACCCCCGGCUCGCGGCUCUCUGGCCCUUCCUUCUUCGCUGGUGCUUCUUACGGGCAGCUUUUCGCGCGAGGCAGCAGCAGCAGGGGAUGGCGACAACGGCGUGACACUUCACACCGCGGAGUGUCUGCUUUGGCCUCCGGAGAUUUCCUCGAGUCUCACCACGCCUUCUCCAUUGCUGCGCGGGAAGGCCUUCUUUCUCUGCGGCAGCGGCACGACUCUAUGGCGCAGGACCUCCUAGAGCAUGCGAUCCUGCGACAGCUCGCAGAUCUCCUGCCGCUGUACGUCCUGCAUGCCUCUCCCGCUGUGGAGAUGCACCCGACGCUGCGCUUCUACGAGGCAACGCUCGCCCGUCUUAAGCCGAAAACCAUCGCGGGAGUCCUAGGGCAGCGCUUGAGACGCCACGCAGGAUCGGCUUCCAUGUCGUUCGUCUCUGCGCUCCCUGCCGCGGGUUCUGCUACGGAGCCUGUAGCUGUUCAAGAUGCGGGAGACGCUGCUGCUGCCGGUGUGGCAGAGUCGCCUCUCGGAGAAGACGCCUCCAAGGACAUGUCAGAUGCCGAUACCAGUGUGAAAGACACGAGCGAAAGCGAGCAGGAGGAAUCACAGGCGAGAGAAACGCGAGACAUGGACUUGCUGUCUUCCCAGCACGCGUGCAACGCAUCUCCUGUGCAGAGCUCUGUAGGCUCCGCAUCAGCACGACGGGCAUCCGGUGUCGAGAUGGGAAUGCUGGCCUCGAAAUCUUCAGAAGCUUUUGAUCAGCAGCAGCAGCAGCAGCAGGAGCAGGAGCAUGGGCACCAACAACAACGGCACCAACAACAGCAACAGCAGCAACAGCAGGAGGGGGAGGAGCGUAGGCAGCAGCAGCCACAGCAGCAGCAGGAGCUUAGGCUUCCUGGCUCAGAAGACGAGGCAGCCUCGCUGCAUUUGCCAAGCCCCUCGCGGCGUCUCCGUUCGCGUGCUGUGUCGCUCAUGCAGACAUGCAGCGCGAGAGGGUGCAUCCCCUCUCUCUCGGUGGCUCUGGGAGAGACUAUAGAAAUUCAGGUGUAUGUACACUCGGCCUUGUUGCUGCCGCUGCACCUCGAUGCCGUAGCUCUGCGGCUUGCGGCUGUCCCCUCUGGAGCGCCGCAGGGGCUGCCGCUGGCCUCCCUUGCGGCAGCAGCAGCGACGACUUCCUGCGAGUUCUCCUCGGGAUGGCUGGUUGUUAACAGUGCCACAUUGCAGCAGCAGCAGCAGCUAGUGAUUCGGCCAGGAGUUAGCGUCUUGCGUUUGCUGUGGUGUUGCUGCAAGCCGGGAGUCUAUCUCGUGGAGCAGAUAUGCUUUCGCGUCAAGGAUGUAGUUCUUACGCAGUGGGCAGGCGAUCUGCCGCCUCCAGCCCUCCUCCCCAACGUUACAGCGGCGAUGGAAGCGGCCCUCGUUGGUUGUGCUCCUCUAGUAGCUCUCGCUGCUACCCGUUCGCAUGCAACCUCGGAAGCGGGUGCUGCGGAUGCACACGCGUCUGCAGACGCAGCCUCCUGUGGGGUGGCUAGCAGCAGCAGUAGUGGCAGCAGCAGCACCACCACUACCACGGCACCCAUCCAACAAUCAGCGUGCGAAGCUGCACAAGGGUCGCUUAACCCGUAUUACUUGAGAGAAGAUGCGGGAGAUGAGCUCUCCGCGGCGGCCUUUGCCGAACGACUCUAUGGAGAUCCCCGAAUGUUUGCUAUCUCCUCGUGUUCGCCUGCAGGAGCCACGCUGCUGCACCCAUGCGCUGCCCUCGAGCGACUGCUGCACCCUCUCAUGCUUGAGUACAGACACCCCAGCUCCUGUAUUGCUGUGCAGGUAGACUCCCUGCUGCCUCAGCAGCAUCACCAGCUGCUGCAGUGCCUUCAACAGGGGCAACUUCCGCCGCGCGAAAUGCUCCAAGGCGGUGCUAAUGUGCUGCUGGAAGGCGUGGAGUCUUCGCUACUUGUGACCAUUACGGUUCCCCCCGGAUUUCUCAAAGAGGGAGGCGCUCGCCUCCGCGUGCUGCAGGCACUCAGCGUGGCGACCCCCAGCAGCUGCACCAGCAGCGUGAUGGGGGAAGAUCUCGAGGACGCCUCCGUCAACUCCAGAAAAAGCCCCCCCUCAGACUUUUUCGAAGAAGAAACGCGCUGGGAGGGGCCCUACAAAGGGGCCUCCAGGGGCCGUGUCGCCUUCGACUGCAUGCGCCACCACAGCAGAAGAGAGAGCGAAGCUUCCGCCUUCACAGGUGUCUCCCCCGUAUCCAGUACUGCCCGCCGGCAGACUUUCGAGGAGAUGGCAGACUCUGCUGCAAGGCUCAACCGACAGAUCCCCGCUACUCAGGCCACAACGUGUAACACUUUCGAGGCAGCACCCUCCUUGUCGAGGCUGCUGCCGCAGCUCCUCAUCGGUUGGAAGGAGGCGCUGUGUGUUUCCGUCGAUGGCGAGCCAGCCUGCUUCCCCCUCUUGCAGCGCGAACUCUCAGACACCAGCAACGCCGGAGGAGCAGGCAGCAGCAGCACUGCGGCAGCAGAAAACAGUUCUUCUCCAAAGAGCCUCAAGUUUGGCGAAUUAUUCGAGCAGGAAGUCAUGGUCGACUCGGAGGGUGCAGAAGUGGUGGUAGCCGUCCCCCACGACAGCACCUGCAGCGUCGAGGAGGCCGGCUGGAUUCCGCUGCCUCUAUUUAGCGGGUGUGUGCAGCUGCUCUUGCCCGUUUCUGCGAUUUGCAGUGGUGCUGCGGGAGAGGGGCUCAGAGUUGCGCAGCAGUUCCUCCCAGACAGCUCGAGAAGCGACGUCCACCGAACGUGGAGGGGCGAAACAUCCUGCACCUCAGCGAACAGUACAGCAGAGCGCUCCCUGGACGCCCACAAAGUGCACUGGCCUUCGAAGGAGGCCUCUUACGCGAGUGAGGCUUUCAGAGCGCCUCACAGCGACUCGAUCCCCUCAACAGGAGCUAGCAGAUGCAGCAACAGCAGCCUCUCGGAGUCGAUUAGCCGCAGGAGAACGGCGAAACGCUUUGACAGCGUUGGACCGGGGCAUGGCGUCGCUGUGGUAGCCUCUGCCCUCGCCUUCACGUGUACUCCUCGGCCUCUAACAUCCGCGAACGUCUCUUCCCCCGUCGCAGCGUCUGCUGGAGCUGCUGCCUCGCACGAGAGGUUUUUCGACGUGGGAGUCUUUCCCGCCUCGGUGGAGCUCGACGCCUCGCCCUUCUCGCGAGGCGACACCACAGAGGAGGCCUCACCUGCAGCUCCUCAGAGAGCAAACGGCCUUAGUAGCGUUGGCAAUCCGGUGAUGCAUGUGCUACGGCUUCACAGCGUAGAAGUGCGCGCUGCCCUCACGCAUGCACUUUCUUUCGCUCGCCUUUCAGACGGCCUGCGGAUCGUGCAGGUGUUCCUCAAAGCAGCCUCUACUGCGGACAAACUCCUCCUGCGCUCUGCCGAGAUCAUCCCCAAACUGCAGAGACAGCAUCAGCAGCCCCUUCCACUCAGCCUGUCCAGUGCUGCAAGCACCCUGCAUAGCGCAGUACAAGAAGAGGAGCACUCCAACACGCCGAACGAGGGGCCUGUUGUCUCCCUAGUCGCUCCUCCACAUCCAUCUUGCAGAGACACUCACUCCCAGAUAGCUGAUGCUGUCAUCCUCGGCACGACUCUGUUUGCCGGAACCGUGCAAACGCUCCUGGUGAAGGCUCAGUACAGCCUGCCCGCGUCUACGUCCUCCAGCUGCUGUUGCAGCCCCUCUUCUGUCCACUAUGACUUAGUGGUGCGUUAUGAGAUCGAUGAUGGAGGUCUCGAGGAUGCGUCUGCAGAGGCUGCGCUCGAUGGGUUGUUUAUCUCUGAUCGUCGCAUUGAGAAAUUGAGCAGCACCUCAACGAGCAUCAAAAACAGCCGCAAGAGAACCCCACUUACCUAUGUCAUCCCGAUCGAGCUGCCUGCCAGGGUGUCACCCCUGAUGGUGAACGUAGAGGCUCCACGCACAGGGCGUGAAGCUGUGGAGGUCUGCCAUUGGGUCUGUUUGGAAUUCGACAGACAAGAGCCGCCGGAGGCACCAGGGGGUGGAAGUCGGGGAGUCCUUGAGCAGCAGCGAAGACACCAGAGGUCUUCAGGGGGCGCUCAGACGCAUUCCAAGUCGCCACGGAUUGGCGAGUGCCACGACUGGCUCAUGGCGGGAUCCAAGUGCAAGGCUAGGGUCAUAGAAGGCGGUAAAAGUGCAACCGUAGCUUUCUCUGCAAUUCCAUUGCGUGCUGGCUCGCUCCGGCUGCCGGCAGUCCGGUUGCUUUGUCGGAAAGUAACGAAAUUUCCCAUCGAGGGGCGUCUUCACCUGGCGGGCUUUAGGGCCGCAAGGGGGGCCCCCUCGUUCGUGAGCUUGUGGGGGGGCGUUCUAGAUCGCAAGGAGGCAGAGCAGCCAUCUGGCGACGACACCUGGAUCGCUGCAGAGGCGAGCAGCAGCGAACCACCGCCUUGGGCCCCUGUGUUCGAAGGGAAGUCUCUCACUGCGGGGAGGGAAGUCCUCGUUCUUCCGAAACUCGUAUCGACCCCCGACGUGAGGCUGCUGCAAGACUAG